AGGAACCAUUAAUGGAAGAGUAUGCCAUUGCAGCUCAGCUCUGGAAGCUCAGCACCUGUGAUGUGUGUGAAAUAGCCAGGAACAGCGUGCUGCAAAGCGGACUGUCUCAUCAGGACAAGAAACACUUCCUCGGUGUAAACUAUCUCAAAGACGGACCUGAAGGGAACGAUAUCUGUCGGACCGAUGUGGCACAGAUCCGUAUGGCCUACAGGCAUGAGACGCUGUGUAAUGAACUUAGCUUUAUAGUGGAUGCAGUGAAGUCUGAAGCCAUGGGUUCAAUCUAUGAAUAAAGUGGAUCGUCUUUUAUCAGAAUCCAGGCAAGCAGAGAUCUCGGUAAUCACCGUUAAGCUUCAUUUUGAAAUGCUAUGAUGAUUAUAUGAUUCAUCAACAAUGUGAAUGUCGUUUUAAGCUGUUAACAAGCUGAUAACAGUGUUGGGCCACGCAGGCUUAGGACAGUCAAACCAUGGACUUGGGCCUGCACCUCUGUGCCUUUGAGUUAUUUACUGAGAUCACAAAGAGCCCUAAAAGGACUCUUUAUCCCAGAAUCCCCUGCGGUACUUCACACCUACGUGUGACGUAAAGGGGGGACCGGAACCUGAGGGAGACCCCACAGGAAGGCGGCCAGGUGACAAAACUCUGAGACUCCCCUCGUUCGCUCUCUUUCCACGCGCUGACUUCAAGUGCUCGGAGACCCAAGCUCAUCUCCUGUUUCCUGCAACAAUCUUCCUUUGUUUUAAGUUUUGGCGCGCAGAUAAUCCGCGGCCGGCAGUGUUCUAAAUCCCGAGCUCGGAUUGUCCAGUAAACGCAUCUCAGUUUCUCAGAGAGCGUCAGACUAUAACAGAUUAUCAGAAAGAUAACGGUCUUAUUCCGUCCUGCAACGAAAGGACAUCAACGGACAUCUUUCCACUCGACGGAGAACCAACGAAGCCGCUCUUGCCGUAAGGGACCCUCGCCGCCAUCAGACGCCUCUACACCAGGACGGACAGAAGAUCUAUUUUAUCGCUGGACUCCUUUUUCCUUCACCGAUCGCAGGCAAAGCGAUUCACAAGUGAGGCUUAAUUAGGUCUGGGCAGAAUUAGCUUUAGAGAGUGUUUUUAACAAUUGUUUGAUUGAAGCAGAAACUGUAAUUUUUAUCUUUGUUGGACCGUCGCGUCCUGAGUUUUACCUGUUUAAAACUCUUGUUGUUUCCGUUUCGGACCGCUGCGUCCUAUAUGUGUUUAGCAUAACAGCAUUAUAACCGGGUAUUAUUCUUCUGAUCAGAAAGGCCAGUGUAAGCCGUAUUAACUUGAAUUUGGCCAUUGGUUUGUUUCUGUGAAUGAAGGGAAUUACUCUGAGUUGUGGCGCGGGAUUCGGACUGUGAUCCGGCCUCUUCAGGCACGCAUUUCUCUCCACCUCUACGCUCCUCUUCUAUCCUCUUUUCUUCCCCUUUGACUAACACACACACGCACACACACACACACACACACACACACACACACACACACACACACACACACACACACAGAUCUGUACACUCGCGGCCAUCCAGACGCCUCAGAGACACAGAUCGUGUAGGGCCGAACUCGGUCUCUUUUAGACAUUAACGCCACAUUAGGUUUUUGUUAGGUUUGUGCCAUCGGAAGGGCGACCACGUGGGACGAAGCAAUCUCCCCCCUCUUCCCCUUCUCUAUCUCUCUUUCAUCCACAGACACACACACACACACACACACAUUCACACCUCAUCCACAAGCCUUGCUUGAUAAUGUUUGUUGCUUAGAUUAGUUUAUAUUAGUUAUUUGUUUGAUUAAGUUCAUUGAUUUUUAUUGGUGUUGCUUUGUUUAAAUAAAUUCUGUUAUAAUUUAAGAGAGCAGUUGUUGUGAUUACUGGUGUAUUUGCAUUGUGAUAUAAGCUGGGUGCGAAGGCUUUGUGUAUGGAUUUCACGCCUUCAAUUUAUUAAAUAUAGUUAUUAAUUAUUAAUAAUAUUAGUAAUUAAAUAACUGAUUCGAGACAGAUUUGAGUGAUAUUUUGGUUAUAUUUUCCUGAGUACAGGGUGGUGCCCCAAAACGAGAUUAAACAUAGUUUAAUGAUAUUUUAUUUAUAUUAUUAAUAAUUAAAUAUAAUUAUUAAAGAAUAUAACCAAAGUUGACUUGAUACAACCCCAACAAAUGGUGCCCCGUGUGAGGCCUUCAAUAAACCAGCUUUAUUGCACUGUAAAUGUACAGUAAUCCGAACUUAAAUCCUAAAAGGGAUCUUUCUGAAGAAAAUUAUAUUUUCUUUAAAUUUUUGUUGUUUAAGCAAAGCAGACAUCAAGCUGUGGCUUAGUUGUGUUGUAUGUUGUUGGUUAACGGUUAAAGCAAUAACUGUUGUCCCCUUUGUGUCUAUACAACAAUUGGACAUAAGGAUGCAGCUAGUGUGACGUUCUCAAUGAACUUGAUUUGUUGCAUUAAUCCAGAUUUUGAUCCUGAAGUAUUCUACUAAAGGAUUGUGGUGCUCCUUGUUGUUUGAGAGCCAUUUGGCCAGAUGAGAGUGUAACCUCAUCAUUGUCGCAUAGCCAGCUGUCUGAGAGGUGUGAGUUCCUCCCUUCCUUUGAGGACUUGAGGUGUGAAUCCCCUCUCCUAGCUUCCAGAAUAGACUGCAGUGAUCAGUUGGGAAACCUAGAUAAGAUUUGCUCUGGUGUUGAUCUAGCUUUGUUUAGCUUAGCGUUUUUUAACAGUAAUCCACUGUGGUUCCAUUUUAUCACGAAAAUGUGUACCAAGACCCUAGGUGAGCUGGGAGCUGAGACUCCUUUUGGAUCAGACGACGCAGCACUGCAAGAAACUGCUGCCGGUCUGACGAACCUCUCCUCAGAGGAGAGUGCCAACCUAUAUAGCUAUUCAAUUAGCAUUAGUGAUAAGAAAUUAGAGGAGCUAGUUGAUCUGGUCAACCACCGAGCCAGGAUCACCCCUAAUAAAGACAGAAUGUAUGCAGAAGACAUACAUCAACCAUGGGCCAAGGCUCGCUGUGGAUCAGACGAUCCACCCCUUCAAGACGUAGUUGCUAAUCUUAUCCACCUCCCUAUAGAGCAGCUCGACAGUCUGAACUCCUACAGCCUCAGCACAUGUGAAGAGAAACUAAAGGGCUUGGUUGAAUAUGCAAAUCAACCAACUGGGAAGCCAACACGCACAACUUCAGAUGUUCUAGGCGAAAUUCUCCUCAUUUAUCAGCGCAAAUCAAAUGUGCAGAAUGAGAUACACUGGGCACAGCUAGCCCGGGUACAAGAAGAAGGACAGAUCCUGCGGGACGACUUCGAAAGAAUGCAGGAUAAACUAAAGACCUUGCAGGAAAAUUGCAUGGCCCUGCAGGAGGAGAAUAAAACACUGCAUGAAAGCAGCAAACUGGCCGAACAGAAGAAACGAAAUGACACGGUUCCCAGAUUUCAGGAUAGGCAGAUAAGUACUGUAGCCCCCAUGUCAGCUGAGGAAACCUCAGACGAAGGAUGGGAGACUGAACCAAGCCCAUGGAGGAGGGAGACAGACAUGUUGAAGGAUCUGGAGGAGAGGGGAAGAUACCGCCGGGUCGACCCAGGCACAAAAGCGCACACGUCCUCAGACUACCCGGUAAAGAGCUGGGUGAGUAAAGAUGAAGGGCGCCACGCCUCCCCAGACCAUGAAGCACCGUCAUGGGGAAACGCCCCAUGGCCCCCGCGUUCUGCAAUACGCUUUGAGCCAAGAGAACCCUCACCCCGCAGGAAGAGGGACUUCACGCCCCCUAGAGACAGGGAGGAGGCACGGGUCCAAUCGGGCACUGAAUAUUACCUGUCCCAUGAUAGACGGCCACGUCUGAGCCGAACACAAACCCCACCACGGUUGCAACCGUACUACCGUGACAACCACAGGGCUUACGAUUCGUCAGACGACUCGGACGGCCCUCGCCAGCCUUCGGGUCAGGGUCUGCGAACCAGGCAGAUAGAACCUCAGGCCAAAGAUCUGAAGCGUUUUGACCCAGAUAGCCCAGAUUCAAGUAUUAACGACUACCUUAGAGAAGUCGACCAUUGUCUCCUUGACCUGCCUCAUGCGUCCUCACAUGAAAAACUGAAACGGAUCUGGAAGACUACGGCUAGGAGUGUCCGUGCUUUCAUGGGGACACUCCCACCAAAGGUCCGAUCCUUGCAGAAAGGAAACAAAUCUGUUAGUCAGCACUUACAAACUGCCAAGCAGAAAGUGUUGGACAUGUUUGAAUUAAUUCAGGGAGCACAGGUAAGCAUGGAGCAAGACAUAUCGUCAGGAUAUGACUCCGAUCCUGGACCAAGCCCCUCAAGAGAUCAAACAACCCUGCUGAAAAAGCUCAGUAAAGAACCGAGCAGCCAGGACAACCCAAGGACUGAGGAAAUAAGUCUAUUUUUCCCUGAUUUUGACUGUGGAGCCCCGCUCCUUGGGGAAACGCCCCAGUUCCCUGACAGCUGUGACACCCUUUCACACCUUCACAGGUUUGAAUCACCACAUAGGAAGGGGGGUGACUUCUCAGCCCCCAGAGGCAGAGAUAACACCAGGCCCCCUCCUGCUACCUGUAGGUUCCCAUCGCAGGAUUCACAGCUGAGGAAUAUCCAACCCUCAGAUGACUCGGAUGGCUCCCUUUUACCCAGAGAUCAAAGAAUGCGCAUAAGGCUCAUUGAAUCUAUGGCACAGGAUGUAGAGCGGUUUGACCCAGAUAACUCAGACCACUGUGUCGAUGAUUACCUCGGAGCGAUUAACCUGUGUCUCAGUGAUGUACCUGAUGCAUCCACAAGAGAAAAAAUCAGGCUGAUCUGGAAGACAACUUCCAAGAGUGUCCGUAACUUCACGACUACCCUUCAGCCUGAGAUCAGAUACCAGUACUCUGCGCUCUGCAAUGCUUUGCGCCAGGAAUACUCCACCUAUAUUGACCCUGCAUCUGCCCUUCUUAGUGCUUUCAGUGUCUUGCACCAGAAGCACGAGGCCCCCAAAGAUUAUUACUGGCGCCUAAGAUCUGCAUAUUUCCAGGGAUGUGAGGCUCCAGGUUUGGAAGAGAACCAAACUUUCAAGUCCAUCUUCAUGCACAAUCUGCAUGGCUGCGUGCGGUCAGAUGUCACCCUGCAUAGUCGUACACAUCAGCUUAGUAUGAAAGAGAUCAAGAGAUUCGCACAGGCAGUUUGGCAGACACGCUUACGUCACGUGACACGUGAGGGCAACAAGAGACCACAUCACUGGCAGAAUAGAGAACAGAGCCAGGGGGGUGAAGGUGGGACUGAACCACAGAGUAGGUUCCAGCCUGGAGAACUGAGAACUACCAGAUCCGAACGGAACUCUCGGGAUGUCCGUAGCCUGAGACAGAAGGGUAGGUAUAACCGGAGUUCCUACGAGCUCCCUAAGGAAGCAAGUUCCCGACAGUUCUGCCAGGGAGUUGGAGCGCAUGAAAGAGGUGGUCAGUGGGUCUCCCUCGCUUACAGAGAACCCGAUUCUGACUCCACAUAGGAGUGGGGGUGUAGCCUCCAUUCCGGAAACACAACAAUGUCACUCUACCGACAUGAAUGUUUCCUAGUCCCUGUUUUGUGUUUUGACAUUGGUAGGGAGACACAUAAUGUACAUGUACAUUUACACACCUUCCCACAGGCUUACUCCUGCCCAGGCUAGGAGUUAGCCCACAAAUCUACACCUGAUACUCUUCUCUUUCUCUCCUCCUCUUGUCUGUUUGUUUCAUUUGUUUUGUUAAAGAAUGCACCUUGAGUAGCAAAGCUUUGCUAAUGCCUGGUUAUGUUUUAUGCCUAGCUUUAGACAUAAUUAGACAGUCUGCCCAGACUUUGCCUCAGUGUCUGUCCAGACCGAAUGCCUCUCAAAAUGUAUGGACUGUUACUCACUAACUAUUUGAACACAUGGACUGUUGGCCCUAUUUGCCCUAAAGACUGUGACCCGCAAUCCCAUUCUUCAGGACAAAGGGGGGAUGUUGGGCCACGCAGGCUUAGGACAGUCAAACCAUGGACUUGGGCCUGCACCUCUGUGCCUUUGAGUUAUUUACUGAGAUCACAAAGAGCCCUAAAAGGACUCUUUAUCCCAGAAUCCCCUGCGGUACUUCACACCUACGUGUGACGUAAAGGGGGGACCGGAACCUGAGGGAGACCCCACAGGAGGGCGGCCAGGUGACAAAACUCUGAGACUCCCCUCGUUCGCUCUCUUUCCACGCGCUGACUUCAAGUGCUCGGAGACCCAAGCUCACCUCCUGUUUCCUGCAACAAUCUUCCUUUGUUUUAAGUUUUGGCGCGCAGAUAAUCCGCGGCCGGCAGUGUUCUAAAUCCCGAGCUCGGAUUGUCCAGUGAACGCAUCUCAGUUUCUCAGAGAGCGUCAGACUAUAACAGAUUAUCAGAAAGAUAACGGUCUUAUUCCGUCCUGUAACGAAAGGACAUCAACGGACAUCUUUCCACUCGACGGAGAACCAACGAAGCCGCUCUUGCCGUGAGGGACCCUCGCUGCCAUCAGACGCCUCUACACCAGGACGGACAGAAGAUCUAUUUUAUCGCUGGACUCCUUUUUCCUUCACCGAUCGCAGGCAAAGCGAUUCACAAGUGAGGCUUAAUUAGGUCUGGGCAGAAUUAGCUUUAGAGAGUGUUUUUAACAAUUGUUUGAUUGAAGCAGAAACUGUAAUUUUUAUCUUUGUUGGACCGUCGCGUCCUGAGUUUUACCUGUUUAAAACUCUUGUUGUUGUUUCCGUUUCGGACCGCUGCGUCCUAUAUGUGUUUAGCAUAACAGCAUUAUAACCGGGUAUUAUUCUUCUGAUCAGAAAGGCCAGUGUAAGCCGUAUUAACUUGAAUUCGGCCAUUGGUUUGUUUCUGUGAAUGAAGGGAAUUACUCUGAGUUGUGGCGCGGGAUUCAGACUGUGAUCCGGCCUCUUCAGGCACGCAUUUCUCUCCACCUCUACGCUCCUCUUCUAUCCUCUUUUCUUCCCCUUUGACUAACACACACACGCACACACACACACACACACACACACACAGAUCUGUACACUCGCGGCCAUCCAGACGCCUCAGAGAUUUGGCUUAGAUUAGUUUAUAAUAGUUAUUUGUUUGAUUAAGUUCAUUGAUUUUUAUUGGUGUUGCUUUGUUUAAAUAAAUUCUGUUAUAAUUUAA